CGCUGAACGGAAUAACAUUUUUUUUCCUGGGAUAAAAAACCUAGUUGUCAGGUUUUGUUUUGUCCUAAUAAUACAACAGUAAUAAUUCAAUAACUUGUGUCUAAAAUGGUCUACAUACAUUUUCCUUCAAAUUUAACCGAGGAAGAACUCAUGCUACAAGCAAAAUAUGCCAAAUUGAAGAAAAAGAAAAAAGCGUUACAAGCAUUAAAGGCACCAAAACAAGAACCCGAAAAAAGUCUUAUACCCAAACGUCCUGCAGAUGCUCGCGACGCUCGUGAAGUGGCACGUAAAUUAUUGAAGAGCGGUGCUAUUCAAGCUAUCCAGAAACCACAAUUGAAACAGGAAAGCUCUUUCAAACGUCCCAAAGGUCAAGAACGCAAACGAUCGCAGCAGGAAUCGAGUCCUGGUGCUCAGUAUCAAUCAUAUUCUUCAGUUGAAACACCAAUUUCCAACCCAUCGGCCAGUCCAGAUCCACCAGUUAUUGCAAACCCAACGAUCACGGCGGCCGUAACCACGACGACGACAGCUGUGACUCCUGCACAAGAAAAGGAACCGAACAGGGUUCCAAAUCUGUACCAACAAUUUGCGAACGAACGUGAUAAAGAAGAACAAGCAACUGUCAAAGCAGGCGACUCCCCAAGAGACAGACCGCGAUCUGGUAACACAGUUUAUGUUUCAGGCAAUAAAGUAACUGAAGAUUUUCUUAAAAAACAUUUCCACGACUUCGGAGAGAUUUUAAACAUUUCAAUGGAAAUCGAAAAAGGUCGAGGAUUUAUUACAUUUUCAAAAACAGAAUCAGCAGAUCGUGCUAUUAUUGAGCUACACAGUAAAACUGUUGGGGGAAUCCAACUUCAAGUUCAAUUAGCUAGACGACAACCGCAGAUCAAUCCUAUAAAUGACGCAGGUUCGUCAGCAGCUUGGUCAGCUCUUGCAACCAAUCGUUCCCAAAAAGGAAAACAUAAGGACAAUCGGGAGCUUGUGUGCUACGAUCAUGAUGAUAUUUUCUAAUUAGUUUUAUAGUAUCCUGCUGAAUGUCGUUGACCCAAACAUUACGUUUUACUCUGGUAGAAUAUAAGAGAUAAAAACAGA